UCAUUAGAAGAUUGCAAUGCAUCAGCUGAUUGAGAAUGAAAAAGUAAAAUACCAUUCAGAAUCAGUACUCAAUGCACAAGCAGCUCUUUCCUUCAGAGCAGAAACAGAGUUGCAGUCUCCCCAUCUCAUGAGAUGGAUUUUACCAGUGGGGCAACAUAUCUGUCCAGCUUUGACCCUAAGGCAUAUUUGACUUCGUUCUGCACACUUGGGUCCAGAGGAGACAGCAUACUGAAGUUUAGACUACAAAAACUCUAUGAAACUUUUGGGCCAGGAGGGAUCCGAGGAGAUGUUCUAAUUGACAUUGGCACCGGACCCACCAUCUACCAACUCCUUUCUGCCUGUGAAUCUUUUCCCUACAUCAUUGCCUCGGAUUUCACGGACCAAAACAGACAGGAGGUUAAGAAGUGGCUGGAAAAUGACACAGAGGCUUUUGAUUGGUCAGAAAUUGUGAAGACUGUCUGUGAAAUUGAGGGAAAUGGCAGAGAUAAAUGGGAAGAGAAGCAGAAAAAGCUGAGGUCCAGAAUACUGAAGGUUCUAAAGUGUGAUGUGACCAGGAGUAAUCCACUGGGUACCAUUGACGUGCCCCCUGCAGACUGCCUGAUCACCUCCCUUUGUCUGGAGACGGCCUGUAAAGACCUUGAGGCUUAUCGCUGCUCUAUUCAGAAUAUCACAAGACUACUCAGACCAGGAGGACACCUAGUGCUCAUUGGGGCCCUGGGAAAUACCUAUUACAUGGUACAGCAGAAGGCCUUCUUCUGUCUUUCUCUAGAUGAAGAUGUUGUGAGGGGUGCGAUCACCCAGGCUGGAUACACAAUACAAAGCAUGGACAUAUUCCCAAUCCCGGAAAGAAUGACUCGUUUACAUGUUGCUGACACCAUAGCUAACUUUUUCCUUGUAGCGAAAAAAGAGGCAACAAAUUAAUUAUAAUUGAUUAUAAGAAAAGUAAAAACAUUUUUUGAUUUCUGUGUACCUGUGAUAAAACAAAGAUAUAAUAUGUGACAAUUUUUUUAUUCUCCAUUAUCAAAUAAAAUUUACCAUAUAUAACA